AUGACGGCUGAGCCUCACCUGGAACCCCCUGACCACGCUAACAACAAGCGCAAGGCCGGGUCGCCGCCAGAGGGCGAGGACGGGCGGCAGCAGAAGCGGGGAGCCUCGGCGCCGCCCGAUGCCGCCGCGCUCGAGGAGCGGCGGUGGGAGCUCGCCGAGGUGUAUGCUGCUUAUGAUGCGCUCUACCGCGCCUAUCAGCAGCAGCGAGCGGAGGAGGAUGGGGGAGUGGGCGGCAGCAGCAGCGCGGUGCCGCCCCUAGAAGCCUCCUUCCUGCGCCUGCUGCAGGCGGGGCAGGCCGGCUCCGACGGCUGCCGCCGCCUGGCCGCCCGCCUUGUGCCCCGCUUCGCCCGCCACUUCCCGCAGCACUGCACAGCCUCGGCCGAGGCGCUGAUUGGCCUGGCCCACCUCAGCCUGGAAGAGCCCCAGGAGCUGGCGGCGGCGCGCAGCGCUGCGAUGGCCGGGCUGGCAGAGGCAGCGGAGGCGGCCAGGGCUGCGGGGGCGGCAGGCCAGCAGGCCACCAUCAAGCUUGUUGACUUCUGCUUCAAGCAGCUGCGCCACGCGCCCGGCGCCGGCGGCGCGGCGCCGGCGACCGCCAACGGCGAGCUCCCAAACGGCAGCGCCGGCGCCUGCAGCCCCGGCGGCGCCGCGGCCCUUGGCAGCUGCGGGCUGGAGGAGGCGCUCUGGCCGUGCCUGGACCUCUGCUUUGCCAGCCACUUCAGGGUGGUGCUGGCAGCGCUGCUGCACGCCCUUAAAGACCCUGCAGAGCCGUUUUAUGCCGUAGCCCGCCGCUUCCUGAUCCAGCGGCUGCUGGCCGCGCCGCUGCCCGCGGCGCCGGCCGCCGCCGCCGAACCCGGCAGCAGCGGCAGCGGCAGCGGCGGCGAAGACAUGGAGAUCGACGGCGGCGGCGGCGGCGGCCAGGCGACGGCGGCGGGUGCGGUGGUCGCGGGGCAGCCGCUGGCGGCGCGGGUGCUGGGUGGGCUGCAGACCAAGGAACAAGGCUGGGUGCGGGCGCAUGUCGAGAAGUGGUCCACAGAGGUGGACCCGGCGAGCAGCGCAGAGGCUGUCGCCCUCCUGGAGCAGCUGCUGCAGCACCUGCCAGCCGCCAAGGCUGGCCAGCCCGCCGGCUGGCUGUCGGCGUCGGCGCUGCCGGCGCCCGCACGGGGCGCGGGCGGCGCGGAGCAGCAGCCAGCGCAGCAACAGCAGCAGCAGCAGCAGCAGCAGCAGCGGACGCCGCAGGCCGCGGUGGGCCAGACACCCGCCUCGCGGCAGCGGCAGCAGCAGCAGCAGUCUCGCAGCGACAGGGAGGGGCGGGAGCGGGGCUCGCCUCGCUCUCGGUCCCCAGAAUCGACGCUGCAGCCCUCGCUCUCGCUGCGGCGCUCAGGAGGCAGCAGGGGAGGGCCCCCGCCCGGCAGCGCGCGCAGCCGGCAGCGCGACGGCAGCCCCAGCCCCGCGCCGCGCCGCCGCACGCCCAGCCCGUGGCGCACGCAGCAGCGGCAGCGCAGCGGCAGCCCCUGGCGGACGCAGCGGCAGCGCAGCAGCAGCCCCUGGCGGCGCUGGUCCCCUGCAGCGGAGAGAGACCAGCAGCCGCCGAGGCGCGGCGGCGGCGCGGGGCGCGGCGUCGGCGUCGGCGGCUCUCCUCUUCGGCGCAGCAGGCAAAGCAUGGAGUCGCUUGGGCCAGACAACGGGGACGUUGCGGGCAGCCCCGCACGCUCGCUGCCACGCAUGCCGCCAGGCGCGCCGCCCUGCCUCCCCGCCGCUGCCGCCGCCUCCCUCCCGGACCUGCUGCCGCCGCCGCUGCGCCUACCGCGCUUCCCGCAGCCGGCGGGCUCGCCCUGCCUGGCCGCAGCCUGCCUGCUGUUCUGCGGGCUGCCGCGGGACUUAGAGGAGCGGGACCUCCGGGCCGAGUGCGCCAAGCACGCCAAGGUGGAGUGUGCGGUGCGCCCCCCGGGCCUGCAGGGCUGCGCCUUUGUCACCUUCAAGUCUGUGAGGGACGCCAGCCGCUGCUACGAGGCGAUGUGCGAGGCGCUGCCGUGGCGCGACCGCGGCGCCCCGCUGCAGCUCUCGUUUGUGCACACAGCCGUGUACCCGCCGCAGGCGCCGCCCAGGCCUCAGCUGCCGCCCAACCACGUGUGGAUCGCGGGGGUGGGCAGUGCCGCAGACGAGGCCGAGGUGCUGCGGUGCUGCAAGGAGGGCGCCAUCCCGCCGCCGGAACACCUUCUCAAGGUGCCCGCCCGCCGCCCCGGCCUGCUGCUCGUGUUCCGGGACGGCGGUGUGGCAGAGGCGGCGGCCGCCGCCAUCCGCGCCGGCCGGCCGCGCAUCCUGGGACCUCCCGGCCGAGCAGGCGCCGACAGCGGCAGCCCCGCGCCCCGCGGCGGGCCGCCGCGAGGCGCGAGCCGGGAGCUCGGCGGCCGGGACGGCGAGCGGGACGGCGGCAGGGCUGGUGGGCGGGAGCGGUGGGAGCGAGGGGUGGAGGCCAAUGGUCGGGAGCGGGACGGCGGCGGCGGCGGCGGCGGCGGCAGCGCGCCAGGCGUGCAGCUGCCUCCGGCAGAGUAUGCAGGGCGCACGCUGUGGGUCGGCCAGAUCCCGCCUGGCGCCCGGGAGGAGGCGGUGGUGGAGCUGUUCCGCGCGUGCGGGGAGCUGGCCGGGCACAAGUUCCUUCGCCACACCGCCUGCAUGUUUGUAGACUAUGCCACCCAGGCGGGGGCCACCGAGGCCCGCAAGCGCCUGGAUGGGCACCGCAUGGCGGGCGGCUGCCUGCGUGUGGAGUUCAAGAAUGAAAACCAGUUCUGGGGGUCAGGACGCAACGCGGCGGGCCGGGACAGCCGCCCGCCGCCGGCGGCCGGCCGGGACGCGGCGCCCGGGCCGGCGAGCGCGGGCGGCGGCGGCGGCAGGGACAGGUGCGUGCACGCGCCGCGUGGCUGCGCGGCGGGCGAGGCGCCGUCGCGGCGCCGCUCGCAGAGGUGGGAUGCCGACGGCGGCGAGCCGCCCCAGCAGCAGCAGCAGCGCCAGCUGGCGGCGGGCGGCACGCCCGCAGCCGCGCCGCCGACAGAGCCGGCGCUGUCUCCAGUGCUGUCUCCGCCCUCCCUGCCGCCGCCGCCGCCGCCGCUGCAACGGCUUCACUCUGCCAUGAGCGGCAGCCUGCCGCCACCCAGCCUGCCGCCGCCGCCAGCAGGCGCACCACCACCGCCAGGCCCCGCCCUAUCCUCUCCUCCGCCACCCCUUUCGCGCCCGCCGCCGCCUCCCAGCCUGUCGCUGCCACCGGGCAUCCACGGCGGCCCGCCGCCGCCACCCAGCCUGCCGACACCCAGCCUGCCGCCACCCGGCGUCGCCCCACGGCCGCCGCAGCUGGCCCCGCCCUCCCUGCCGCCACACCCCGCCCACCACCAGCCGCCGCCGCCGCCCAGCCUGCCGCCGCCGCGGCUGGCGGCGCCGCCGCGGCCGCCACCGCCCGCCUCCCAGCCCCCCGGCGGCGCGGCGCGGCCCGCCUGGCAGGGCGCUGUGGCCAAGAGCCGGGCCCCCGUCUGCGCGGCGCUGUGCCUGGACCCUCCUCAGCAGCCGGCGGUACCGCAGGGGUCGCUACCGCAGAGCUGGGCGGCGGCGGAGCCCCAGCAGUGGCCCCACACGCUGGAUGUGGCGCACCGAGCCGACCUGCAGCACGUCUGCUACCAGAUGUUCCCAGCGGUACCGCCAGGGGAGCGCGCGGUGCGGCGGCUGGCGGCGGCAGACGGCCCCGGGCGCCGCGCCCUGCUCGACUUUGCGCAGUACCUGCGCAGCAAGGGGCGGGCGGGCAUGGUUGCGCUGCCUGCGCUGGCGCCGUCUGGCGUGCGGCGCGCGCUGUACCUGGUGCCGCCGUCUGAGGAGGUGUGCCGCCAGCUGGGCGUGGCGUGGCACACGUGCAGCGACUGCCUGCUGGCGCUGGUGGUGCCCAUGGCGGGCCCGCGGUGA